GAAACAAGGCAAGGCAAAACAAAACAAAACAAAACCGGCCCUUGGCCCUAAGCACUCCCAAGGGCAAGCAAAGCAAGGACUGAGCUCCCAAGCCGCCGCAGCAGAAACGAAAUGACAUCCUCCUCGCUUCUUCCGUGACACACCUCCCUCCGUUCCUCCGUCUCCCCCCUCCCGCGUCCAAUCCGGGGAUGGAUUUGUCUAGGUUCGCUUCCGGCGUCGUGCCAAGCCGCGCGGCUCCGCGGGCGGCCCUACAGAUCGGCACCGCUGGGAAUGGCUUCCGGACCUGCUCACUGCGGCGAGCCCGGCAUCGCGGCGGCGGCGGGGGGAACCUCAUGGUCGCCUCCGCCCUCCGAAGCUGCGGUUCCAGUGGCGCCGGGCUCUUUUACUUGGCUCCGAAGCACGGGGCCCCUCUCAAUCUCCGCAUCAGAGGCAGGCCGCCGAUGCGGUGCCAAGGCAACGACUCAUUGGCCUAUGUGGAUGGCCCUCUAGAAGGCACCAAGGCCUCGAGCGAGGGUAACGAUGACGAGGCGACCAGCUCGGGAUCUGACGAUGACCAGGGCAGCAGCAGGGAAGUCGAUGUGGAUGAUCUGAGGGAGAUGUUGCACAAGUCGAAGAAGGAGCUGGAGGUGGCCAGGCUGAACAGCACCAUGUUUGAGGAGAAGGCGCAGCGGAUAUCAGAGUCAGCGAUUGCACUCAAGGACCGGGCCGACGGUGCUCAGAGGGAUGUGUCUAUGGCCGUGGCGACGGUGCAGGAGAUCAUCAGCAAGGAGGUCGAUGCAAAGGAGGCAGUCCAGAAGGCUACGAUGGCGCUGUCUAUGGCUGAGGCACGGUUGCAGCUGGCAGCAGAAGCGCUGGAGGCAAAGAGGGGGUCCGUCGGGCCAAUGGAAGUUAAUUUUGAAGGUGUGGAGGAGGAAGCUCUUGCGUCAGCUCAGGAAGAAAUUAAGGAUUGUCGGGCAGUCUUGUCAAAAUGUGAGGAGGACCUGAGAUGUAUCCAGGAGAAGAAAAUGGAGUUACAGAAGGAAGUUGAUAGAUUGACAGAGCUCGCCGAGAAGGCACUUUUGGACGCUUCAAAGGCCGAGGAAGAUGUUGCCAAUAUAAUGGUGUUGGCCGAACAGGCAGUGGCUCUUGAGAUGGAGGCCGCGCAGCGUGCGAAUGAUGCAGAACUGGCGUUGCAGAAAGCAGAGAAGGCCAUCUCCUCAGUUGAUACCAUGGUGGAGCUACCACCAGCUGCUGAGGAGCAAAAAAGCGGUGAAGAAGAACGUGAUUCUGAAGUGUAUGAGAAUACCAAUGAUGGUACAGAUGAUAUUUCUGUAAGUGAUGAGGUGUCAAAUAUUGAGCGUCUAAUGAUUGGUGACUUGGCUGCUGAGGGCAUUGAGCUGCUUGAAUCGUCCUAUGAAACAUCUGAUGAAGUAAGUGGUGAUAAGCUGCUUGCUGAGCCUCAGAAAGAAGCUGAGCCUGAUAUAGAUAAGUCAAAGCAAGGGAAGAAGCAGGAAAUAGAACGGAAGGAGUUCCCCAAGGGACCAUUGAGUGCUCCCAAAGCAUUACUGAAGAGAUCAUCCCGGUUCUUUUCGGCUUCUUUCUUCUCCUCCAAAGUGGACGGAGAAUUUACACCUGUCUUCCAGGGGUUAAUGACAUCAAUGCGAAAGCAGGCACCGAAAUUUGUUCUCGGGAUAUUGCUUCUUGGUGCAGGGGCAUUUGUCUUAAAUAGAGCUGAGAAGAGUCAACUAGUUCAGCAGCAAGGCAUUACCACAAGUAUUGGAGAAGUUGCCUCCACAGCAAAGCCCAUAGUUCAUGAGAUACGGCAAAUCCCUAAAAGAGUAAAGAAGCUAAUAGAGCUCUUACCUCAUCAAGAGGUAAAUGAGGAAGAAGCUUCACUUUUUGACAUACUGUAUUUGCUUCUGGCUAGUGUUGUUUUUGUACCAUUAUUUCAGAAAAUACCUGGAGGCAGUCCUGUUCUUGGAUAUCUUGCUGCUGGUGUUCUCAUUGGUCCCUAUGGGCUCUCUAUCAUCCGUCAUGUCCAUGGGACAAAGGCAAUUGCUGAAUUCGGAGUUGUGUUCUUGCUAUUUAACAUUGGACUUGAGCUUUCUGUGGAAAGGCUAAGCUCGAUGAAGAAGUAUGUCUUCGGCUUGGGCUCUGCUCAGGUGCUGGCUACUACUGCAGCUGUUGGUAUGAUGGCUCACCGUUUUGCCGCACUACCAGGACCAGCAGCAAUCGUUAUUGGGAGUGGUUUGGCUCUGUCAUCCACAGCUGUCGUCUUGCAAGUUCUGCAAGAGCGCGGUGAGAGCACGUCACGUCAUGGACGUGCUACAUUUUCUGUGUUACUGUUCCAGGAUUUGGCUGUGGUGGUCCUGUUGAUAUUAAUACCUCUUAUAUCACCUAAUUCUUCAAAAGGAGGGGUUGGUUUCCAAGCAAUAGCGGAAGCCAUGGGAUUGGCUGCGGUGAAGGCAGUAGCUGCUAUAACUGCCAUAAUUGCUGGAGGUCGUCUGUUGCUUCGGCCGAUCUACAAACAAAUUGCUGAGAAUCGGAAUGCUGAGAUAUUUUCGGCAAAUACUCUCCUUGUUAUUUUUGGGACAAGUCUUCUUACAGCCCGGGCUGGGCUAUCGAUGGCACUGGGAGCUUUUUUGGCUGGUCUGUUAUUAGCAGAAACGGAGUUCUCCUUGCAGGUCGAGUCGGACAUAGCUCCCUACCGUGGGCUUCUGUUAGGACUUUUCUUUAUGACUGUUGGAAUGUCUAUUGACCCGAAGUUGCUUCUGUCAAACUUCCCAGCAAUCUCUGUGAUACUAGGUCUCUUGAUCAUUGGAAAGACAUUAUUGGUUACAUUUGUUGGUAGGCUUUUUGGGGUUUCUACCAUAGCUGCUGUUCGGGUUGGCCUAAUGCUUGCACCUGGCGGGGAGUUUGCUUUUGUUGCCUUUGGAGAAGCUGUCAACCAGGGUCUUUUGUCCCCUCAAUUAUCAUCAUUGCUAUUUUUAGUUGUCGGCAUUUCAAUGGCUAUGACGCCAUGGUUGGCUGCUGGAGGCCAGUUUCUGGCAUCAAAAUUUGAGCAGCAUGAUGUGAGGAGUUUAUUGCCAGCGGAAAGUGAGACAGAUGACUUGCAAGACCAUAUUAUUAUUUUAGGCUUUGGACGUGUUGGGCAGAUCAUUGCCCAACUCCUGUCGGAGCGAUUAAUUCCAUUUGUUGCGCUUGAUGUCAGAAGUGACCGGGUUGCAGUUGGGCGUGCACUUGACCUUCCAGUAUAUUUUGGGGAUGCUGGAAGCCGAGAGGUACUGCACAAAGUUGGAGCUGAGAGAGCUUGCGCUGCUGCCAUUACUUUAGAUACUCCUGGUGCAAAUUACAGAGCUGUCUGGGCAUUAAAUAAAUAUUUCCCAAAUGUGAAAACAUUUGUUCGAGCACAUGAUGUUGAUCAUGGUGUUAAUUUGGAGAAAGCAGGUGCAACAGCGGUUGUCCCUGAGACCUUGGAACCAAGUCUUCAAUUGGCUGCUGCUGUACUUGCACAAGCAAAACUCCCGAUGUCAGAGAUUCAGGAAACCAUCAAUGAAUUCAGGAAUCGUCAUCUGUCAGAGCUCACAGAGUUAUGUGCUACGUCGGGAAGUUCUCUAGGGUAUGGAUUUUCAAGAGUCAUGCCGAUGUCUAAAUCAAAGUCUUUCACCUCUGAUGACGAGAGCGAAACAGUUGAUGGAGCACUAGCAAUUUAAGCUAAUUACAUAAAACGUAAUCUUUUUUUAGACCCAAAACAGGAUCUCCUGAUGCCAGACCGCACAGAAAAUAAUUAAUCGUCAAAUCUAGUUGCGUAUAGAAAGGUAGCAAAAUAAUUCAUGCAACAGCUGUUAUCAACUUGAGCAAGUUAGCAUGCCAUUUUUGUAUGGUAGGAUUUUUUCCUCUUCCACUGCUACAUUUUUAAAUUGCAGCUCUUUUAACCCAGGCAAUUAAUUUCUUGACGGGGAAUAA